AUGUCAAAGCCUCUAGUUCUCAAGCUGAGCAAAGUCAAACUCAGCUCGAUGCUUCAAGACAGUGUCCGCCAGUUGGAGACGCCUGUCCCGCUCAUGUUCGAGAUCGCCGCGUAA